CUCAGAUUUCUCACCGGAAGCUAUAAUUGUUAUAAUUGGAUUAUUUAGCUACGACGGAUAAUUUUAGGAUUGUUAGUUUAACUGUAUUUAAAUGUAUUUUUUUGCCGUUUCUUAUUUACAAUUCAUGAAAAUGGACAUGUGCUAUUGUUAAAUAAAGAAUUUCAAUUAAAAAAAACUUCUUGUCGGGCGCAAAGGAUGAUGGGAAGUGGACGUUUCUAAAGCCGAACAUGCAAUAACAAUCUGCGGGUGACUUCAGGGCUCCGUCAUGGCCCCUUCAGCAUUGUCACCUGUCAGACUCUGUCGGUACCUGAGCUCGAGAGCAGGCGGUCGUUUGAGUCAAAGUGAAGGUGCAGCUGCAGCUCUGUGCAGACGCACACACCCUCCCCGGCCCAACGGGCCUCGGGGGUUUUCCUCCCGCGGCGGCGGUCCGGCCGAGGAGCGCCUGACCCUGGAGGACGUCGCCAAGAACAUCCGAGAGCGGCGGUACGAGAGGGUGGUGGUGAUGGCCGGAGCCGGGAUCAGCACGCCGAGUGGCAUCCCGGACUUCAGGUCUCCAGGCAGCGGUCUCUAUGACAACCUGCAGCAGUACCACCUGCCCUACGCCGAGGCCGUCUUCGAGCUCAGCUUCUUCCACCAGAACCCGCGUCCCUUCUUCGCCCUGGCCAGGGAGCUCUACCCGGGGCGCUACCGGCCCAACCCGACCCACUACUUUGUGCGUCUGCUCCACCAGAAGAGGCAGCUUCUCCGGAUGUACACGCAGAACAUCGACGGGCUGGAAAGACGUGCGUAUUCACCUCCUCCUAUUAACCGAACGUCCCUCCAGCCCGACGUGAUGAGAGGGGCGGUCCCAAAGUGCCCCACCUGUACAGGUGUGGUGAAGCCGGACAUCGUGUUCUUCGGGGAGGAGCUUCCACGUCGCUUCUUCAAGUACCUCGCGGACUUCCCUCGGGCCGACCUGCUGGUCGUCAUGGGAACGUCCCUGGAGGUGGAGCCGUUCGCCGGUCUGGCCGACGCCGUGCGCGGCGCCGUGCCGCGGCUGCUCAUCAACAGAGACCCGGUGGGUCCGUUCGCCGGGCGCCGCCGGGCCCUCGACGUGGUGCAGCUGGGCGACGUGGUCGCUGGGGUGCGAGUCCUGGUGGACGCCCUGGGCUGGACCCGGGAGCUGGACGCUCUGAUGGCUGCAACAAAGACAGAAGAGUGAAGCUUUCUGUCCAGAUGGAGGUUUGACUUUCAUCCACUCUAGACUUUGUUUAUUAUGGGAUGCAUUAUAUCGACGGAAACUCACAGAUUGGAAAAUAAGGAAAACAAAAUUGAUAUCGGCAAAACGCAGGUGAGUGACACGCAGGGAAAACCAACCAGGUGUAUCUGGUUGGAUGCAACGUGCAGCUGGUUGACCUUGUUGACCUCACAAUAAAAACAUGUGCCAUAUUCUAUUUUACUUAUUUAUCUCUAACGUCAAGAAAUGUCUGCUGAAGGUCAUAUUUUGUAAAAAGAACGAUUUUUAUGUUUGUUGUUGUUGUUGUUUUUAUUUAUUAUAAAGCAUAUCUAAAUGAUUAGAAAACCCAAAAUACAAGCAUGAACCUGAAGAUGAGCUCAGUCUUUAAAAUAUUUUUUUAGAUGUGAUAUUAUUUCCCACCAGCAGAGGGCGCCAGAGUGCUGUGAUUAAGAGUGUGACUGCUACUAUAAUAAAAAGUGAAUCUCUUAUGUUUUCUUAUUAAAAACAAAUGUCAAUGAAACUUUGACUCUCACUUUAAACUUUAAGUGUGUUUUAGUACAUUAAUAAAGCAAAGUCAUACUUACUUUUA